UCUUAAGUUUCCUUGCACCCACUAAGACAUAGUUUGAAAUACCAGAAUCUCCCCUGACACCACACAUGUAUCAAAGAUUUUUCACCAAUAGAAACGCCCACCGUCCUGCUUGAUAUCUUGUUUACAACAGUUGUAACGUUGUCAAAUUGGGAGAAACUCUGUCAAACCUUUUGGAAAAUUAAGUCCAUGAGUUUGAAGGAGUGUGUGGAGUAGGCUGGAAUGCCUUGGUCUAGAUAGCUGUUGGAACCUGCACCUCCCAGUUGGCCAUCAAAUUGCAGCCUUUGGGAAAGUGCCGGCGCAUCUGGCUGGAGCUCUAAUGAUUGCCCGGAUCGCUAACGGAUAGCAAACACUCCAUCUAUCUAUGGAUACCUCAAAGCGAACCAAACCGAACCGGCUGUGGCAAGUUCUUCGCUUAGUUGCAUCAUUGGUGGUGCGGUAAAAGUGCGUCUUGCUCCAUUUAGAUUCUAUUCGGGGUGAAAUCGACUUCUGGAGUCAACAGGUUUCGUUUAGACUUAUAAAUCAAUUUGUUAACAUGCUUUCACUGAAUACACACGCGUAUUGCCAAUUCUUCUUGCAACUGCCAUUGAUGUCAAUAUGUGUAGCCAUAGCUGCAAGUCGUAAUCGAAAUUCAAGCUGCCAAGACUAACGGUUCGAGUCAGUGCACCUGGAACAAUGCCAAGAAGGCAAAGAAGUAUGGAAGAGCUUUCCCAAAAAAUCGACAUGAGCUAAAACAUAGAGCUCCAAGCAACGAAACCAGUUGAAAAUAUGAAAAUCGAGGGGGCUGCUUCGAGGGGAAAUCUAGUUGAGAAUGCAGAAUGGGGUGAGCGAUCCAGUAGGUGAGUCCAUGUGUGCGCCACAAUUGCUGUUAUACAACUGUUGUAUAAUGAUGGCCAUUAGGCCAGUCUUUUGCCAACUCAAUUGCUAGGCGGUCGAAAUUGGAAUGGGACUUCGUGUCUAGUCGAGUUCGUUGCCUAAGUCUUUUGUUUGAGUUUUCACCUCUGCAGGAGCAAUCAAAUUAGUUAGCCAUGCUGCCUACUCCCAGUGAAAAUAAAGCAAUCGAGGAUCUCCAUUAUAAUAAUGAUCAAUCAAUCGUUUGCACUCUAAUCACUAUUAUCAGCAUCUAAUCAUUAUUAUGACAGCAUUCAAUGGAUGUUCAGUAACGAGCUUGGAAAAACUGUUCAACACGAGAAUAUCUAGAAAACUAAAGUGUUAUCACUCAUCGCUCAACAUGACCAUGGAGAAGGUGUUAACGAGUCGCAGUCACCUGCUCCUCCUACUGCUUCUGCCACUUGUCAGCUUAUGUCCAAAUGCAUUGGCACUCAAUCGACAGGCGGAUGCUGGCCAAGAUUUGGAUAUGGCAGCGCAGCUGACGGAUGUGGAGGCCGAGGCUAGGCCGGAUUACGAUGCCGAUUCUCCGGAUACGCCGCACAUACGCAAGAAGAGACUCAUCUGGAUUACGGAUGAUGGCAGAUUGGCCCUGCCGCCGGGCACUUCGCUGACAUUCGUGCCAACCAUUGCAAUGCCCUUGGUUCGUCAUCCGCCCGAGGGAUUCUUCUCCAACCUGACCAUCAGUUUUCCCGUCACCAUUGAUUUCGACAAGCUGGGUCUGACAGACAACCAAAAUCCUCUGGGGGAUCUGCCGCCGCUGUUCGCCCGCUCCUUUGGUCACGAGGCAGGCCACAUGGUUGGUGAAUAUGUGGCGAGGUAUCUGCAUGUCCAGCGCAGGAAGAGGGAUCUCAGCGAGCAGCGGAGUAGAAGCAACGAGGAUCAUCCCUUUAGGGUACACGAAGAGGGUCCAAAGUAUCCGGAGCUGCCAGCCGGACUGCAGCAUAUUUUCCAUGGCGGAGAGCGGGUUCUGCUCUAUGGCGUAGUGGAGGACUUCCUAUCCACCUUUGGUAUGGAUGGCAAGGCCUGUUUGCUGAGAACCAUUUGUGAGAUGCACUCACGAAGCUUGGAGAAGUUCGGUGUCUUUGGAGAAAUGACCAAGCUAUUUUUAACGGUAACCAAAUCUCCGUUUUCCGACCUGGUACCCGACUAUGUACAAGCCCAGGAGGUGGGCGAGGGAAAGCAGGCACCAGGAGAAUGUUUUCCCUACUUCAAGGACUGUCCGAAGAGUAUAUUUAAAGCCUUGUCCAGCAAGUAUAGCAAACCAGCUCCUGCGAGCAAGACGAAAAAGACAAAACCCACAGACAGACCGGUGGGCGAAUAUCAUGAGGAGAAGGUAAUCCAGCUGCCCACCAGUCGUGAUCAGGACAACAAUGUGUAUAUGUAGAACAAUUACCAACUCCCAUGCGAAUCCCCACUGUUGACCUCGUCUAGAUGUUAGGAUUACGAUUGAGUUGAGCGCGUCCUCGAAGUCACUUGCUUGUAAUUAACGUGUACUAAUUAAUUUAUAAUUAUUUAUUUUAUUUACGAAUUGUAUUUAUUGUUAGUCGUAGGCGUUGUUAAUUGCUUAGAUUUGUAUCCAUGUUUGCGUAGUGGUCUGUAAAUAAUUGAAAUUGUGGCAUAAUCCCUUCCUUACAACAAAUGAAACCGUGUCAAAUGAAUAGAAAAUAAAUUUC